AUGGGUGAGCCGGUUAAGGUGAUGAGCACUUUCGGCAGCAUAUACGGCCACCGUCCGGAGGUUGCCCUGAGGCUCAAGGGCAUACCUUACGAGCUGCUCCUCGAAGACCUUCCCAACAACAAGAGCGAGCUGCUGCUGACGUGCAACCCCGUCCACAAACUGGUCCCCGUGCUCCUUCAUGGCCACAGAUCCAUCUGCGAGUCGCUCAUCAUCGUCGAGUACAUCGACGAGGCCUUCAAGGGGCCGCCGCUGCUACCGGCCGACCCGUACGAGAGGGCCACGGCCCGCUUCUGGGCCCAGUUCAUCGACCAAAAGUUUGCUAGGCCGUUCUGGAUGUCGAUAUGUAUGGCCGAUGGUGACAAGGAGGAGGAGGAGGACUUCUUGAAGGUAGCCAAGGAGAAUCUGCUGCUUCUCGAGGGACAGCUUAAGGGGAAGAGGUUUUUUGGAGGGGACUCCAUUGGCCUCGUGGACAUAGCUGCCAGUGGAUUAGCUCGCUGGCUCGAAGCCUUCGAGGAGAUCUCCGGAGUGGAUCUGCUCACCAAUGAGGAGUUCCCUGUUCUGCACCGAUGGGCGAAAGCAUAUGCCGGCGACGAGCGUGCUAAGGAGUGCCUGCCGAACAUGGAUGAACUGGUUUCCAAGUUCACUGCAGUGAGGAAGAAGUUUCAAGCAAUGGCAGAGGUUCCGAAGUGAUCCAGCGUUAUCACUGUGAGGAUAUCAUGGGGUUAUAACAUAAAUCAAUCGUAUGGACUUAAUGAUCAUGGUUUUCUGGGAAAAGGAACAAGCUACUUAAGUGCUGUGCCGGGUUUCUAUGGAGUACUACUACUGUGUAAUUCCCGUUUAGUUGUAACUUGUCUUGCUUUCUCAGAUACAGAAAUCUGUAAAGACAUGGCAGAUUGUAUUUCUUUUCCAAUGCGGAGUGCAGCCACCAUUACUAGCAGAUUGAAACUGAUGCUCUGGUUUUAGAUUGUUGUUCACUUAUUUAUGACCACGAGUUUGUAUGUUUCUUUUUUCA